AUGUUACUUUAUACGUUUUACAAACCGAGUAUCGGGCUUGUGACGUUCUGUGUUGCGAAUCAGGAUGUCCAUGUCUUUCACAAACUCAUCCAUUUGGAGCUCAGGAAUAGCUGCAUUAGCACCAGAAGAUGUGUUAAGGUUGGUACGGAUCUCAGAACCUUACGUAAAUACUACGGUAGUGCAAAAACCCCUCCAUAACGGUACUCCGGUAUAUGCCCUAGGUGUAUCCAAUCUUCAUGAGCUGGGAAAAGCUCUAUCAUCAAAUGUUCCAGUCAUCCAUAUACACCAUGAUUGCACUUCUCUCAUCCAAGAACAGCGUCGUAGGCAACGCGACCUGAAGAUGCGACGUAACAUGGAAUGGAUCACGAUUACAACGGCGUUCAGCGGUCUUUUUGCGACGUAUUGGAUGAGAAAUCAGCGAUUUAUGGGUCAUGGCGAGUCUCAGUCUGCCAUCAAAUCUCUCUUCAAUGAUUUUCAGGAGCACGUUCAUUCUUUGCUCGCCACCUUUACUAUCGCCAACCACUCCAUAUCUCAAACCAACGGCGACUCGCAUCAAGGUGUACAACCACGGUUGUCGCCUGCCGAGAUCAUUGCGACAGGAGAUAUUGCUGGGACUUCGUCACAGAAUAGCCCUACUAAACGUUCCGGUUUCUUCUUGGGGUGCCCAAUUUCAUAUGUGAAGAAUAACAAGGGCACAAUAUUGCUCACAUCAACCAUCAUUGCAUCCAUGUCGUUAUGGAUCCGCAGCCGUCAUGACUACGUCUUGAUAAAGGUUAAUUCCACUGACAGUCCGAGGCAGAUCGAACAUUUCCUUAUUCGACAAGAUGCUGCACAGUUGAACCAGUCUCUAGCCGAAAAGGCGAGGGAUGCCUUGCCCUUAUGUAUAGCAGUCGUCGCUUCGUCAGUACUGAUUCAACGAACUUGGAUGUCAAGUAACCGGUAGAAAUAAUAUAAAUGAAGCUUCUUUUUUGUUCUUC